AUGUCGGAUCUCGAUGACGGAGCAAUGUCCGCGUGUGUCCCAUUCCCUUCCGACACGUGCUUGUUCCCUUUGACUGAGCAGAUUGCUCAGUUCCCAAACAUUCGCCAUGCCGUUAGCGGACAGGAUACACGACUGAUAGAAUUCAUCUUGGAUCAAAACGGCUUUGUGAAGUUCUACGUCUUUGGCGCCAGCUUCCGGCCGGAGAUGCAGAGGGUGCUUGCGACACAAUUCCUUUGCACGCCCGAGCUCGUAGCAAUGGGCUACCUCGGUAUGGGUGGGACCAUUGCCAAUUCGAUGGGACUUCUCCUAGGCCGGCACGAUGACGAGACCACUUUGAAGAACACUGGACGCGCACUCAAGACACUCCUACGGCUAGUAGUCUCGACGCCGGAGGGCAUUGCGGCUGCUCUCAACCUCGGGCUCACGCUCAUAACCUUCAAUCAGAGUCGUAUAGGACACCACACGCUCGAUAUAGCUCGGGCAGCCCUUCGGCUCGUGGCACCGUGGUAUCUGAAUCGCCGCCUGACAGAUUACGUGGAAAUGGAUCCCAACUUCCUCUGCACACUCUUCUCCGAAACAUUCGAAUGCCUCUGUCACCGACAGAUACCGACGUUCCGGUAUCGUGUACCAGUUCCGGACAGAGUCGACAGGUAUUACGGUAUCAGUCGCUCUUUGCUCCCGGUCUUCUAUGAUAUCUGUGUCUUUUCGCAUUCGUUGAGAUUUCGUCGCCGUCCUAAACGACAUCAGCAAGACCACAGCAGCUAUACAACAGGCCAAGAUCUUGCAGAAGAUGACAACGUGGAAGGCACCCGAGGAGGACCUGAUGAGGAGAACUACCAAGACGGAGACUGCGAAACCUGGGCCCAUUUACUAGCAGCCGUGGACGAAUUUUUGUGGACUCAUAAAUUGCACGAGCAAUUCGAACAGUCAGCUGCGUUGUCCGCGUCGGAAUUCACCUACAUGGGCCUUCAAGCGUGGUGCUACCAAGCUACGGCAAGGUUGAUUCUCCAUCAACUCGGGCCGUCUACGGCACAUAGCAAAUGCCUUCGACGAGCGAUUGCAGAGUCCAUCCUCACGAAGGUGCAGCAGAUCCGCCAGAUGGAGCUGUACGGGUCACGGUAUAUACUGUUUGCCUAUUUCAUCGCCAUGACUGAGAUGGAGAGAAGCAAGGUAACCGACGACGACGUUCUGGGACAAAUGGUUGAACUUACGAGUGGUGUGGCGAGAGCUUCAUGUUAUAACAUGAAAGCAUUUCUGGACUAUUUCUGGUCAGCUCGAGGUCAGGAUCCACAGACACUAUGGCUUGAUCUUGUAUCCUCGGGUCCAAAGUUCUCUAUAGGGCUUUAG